GCCUGUUGUAAUUUUGGUGAGUGUCUGAGAGAGAGAGAGAGAUGGGAGGCAGAGAAGGCAACGGCGGCGGUUCUGAGGGUUUUUCUGUUUUGAAUCGGCUAAUGGUCAAAUACCGCCCGAUCAUGCCAAAACCGUUAUACGGUGGCAGCACACCUUUGUCCACGCUGCCAAAGAGAACCAAGAGAAGGUACGUUAGGACCGAACGCAUAUAUAGAGAAGAACAGAGGGGGAAACAAGAAACGAGUACGGACGAGCAGCGCGUGGAGACACUGCAGCUGUUGCCUCACCUGGUUGAGGAGAGUGGUAGCGGUAGCAGUGGUAUCGACCGCUCUAAGCACAGUGGCGGAUCAUCUAACUUUGAGGUUGACAGUGUUGUUGAAGAUUACAGUCAUUGGUUGAGCUUGGGUGGAGGAGGAGAUCCGAAGGCAGCGGUGGGAAAGAGGGUGCCUGAUCCACCGGUCGUGAUGGAGCAGAUGGGAGGAGUGGAGUCGUGGGUGACGGUGGAGUGUGUGCGAGGCUCAUGCAUAAAAGCUCCGAGUUCUUCUCAAGGGUUUGAGUUUCCCGGGGUUCGUGUCGACGAGGAGAUAAUGAUGAGAUUAAAGAAGGACGAAUGUCCGGGGUUUAUAUCGGAUGGUUGGAACAGAGUGCGGUGGCUGAACGGAGCUUUUAGGACGAUGGUGAAGAUGACGAGGCUGCAACCGUUAACGGUGUUGUUAUGGAUGAAUGAGGAGCUGCCGCACACGACGAACUCGGCGUUCACGUGCCAAGUGAGACUGAAAUACACGGUGGUGGAGGAUCAGAAAAAGGACAAGAGAUAUUACUACUCGGGGUUGGUGCCUUGUGAUUUGUGGAGGAUGAACGGCGGAGGAUUUGCAUGGCGGCUCGACGUUAAAGCUGCCCUCACCCUCGGCGGUUGAUCUAACUCCGUUAUAUCAAUCAGGCCAUGGCUUUUCUCUAGUGGCGCAGUACAUCAUUGGCACAGUCCUCAUUGAAGCUGGAACCGCAUGCAGUCUUCUAGUGAGCUAUGCAGUCAGUUUACCUCGUUGCUCCGGUGUGAAUAUGCUUUUACAAAUUUUCGAUCUCAAGCAGUUACUGUCUUCGAUUUUCCAUGUUCCAAAUUACUGGAUUGGUUCUCUUUUGAUUGUGGAGGAAGCUUAGAUUACAUUUUACAUGCAUUUAGGAUGUCUAAAUUUCUCUGCCUUUUCGAGUUUUUGAGAACAUAUAUACCUGCCAUUCCAUCCUUGCAACAGUUUAUUUUCGAUUGCUUCAUUGCGUCCAGAUGUAACGUUUGUGUAAAUAUGUUUUUCCUUUUUAAAAAAAAUGUUGUGUAAAUAUGUUUUGAAU